CCAAAGAAAAUAAAGACCGACCAUAGAAAUCCUAAUAAAAAUAUUUAAAGGGUAUGUGCGAUAUAUUGCAAAACGCCAUGUCACAUUGUUUGGGAUGGAUUUAUUUGUUUUGAAAUCAUCGAAGGACAACUCUAUCCCGGUCUACAUAAAAGCUGUUGAAUAAGAUCUGGACAUCACAAUACGAUUUUGUAUCUAGUCCCAAUAGGUAGUCGUAUCAAAUAAAGUUAAAAUGAAAUAUUUGGUUGUUGUUGCUUUUUUGUCCACCGUAUGCCUCGCCCAUGCUAAGCCUAGUAUACUAGGCUCAUUAUCUUUAGUAGGACCUGCAGCACCUGGAGCUCUCCUUCAAGGUCCUUCUUCACUUACAAACCUCAUUGGACCUGAUGGAAGCGUUAUUACAGCUUCAGCUAUCGGUGGAACUGUAGCUGCAGCACCCAAAUUAGGCGGAGUCGUAUCAGCAGCUGUAGCACCUGGACUUGUAGCUGCUCCAGUUCUGGCCGCACCCACGAUUGGCUCUCCAUGGGGUGUUCCUAUCAUUGCUGGACCUGGAAAGGGUUGGGGUGGUAUUUGGCUCUAAGAUCAAUCAAAGUGUGAAACUCUAUGACUGAUGACGAUGAUUGAUAUACAAUAACUCAAGUCCCCAACCUGGUCUCAACUAUUAAACUAUUUUUAAUAAGUAAUUAUUAAGUUAGGUAACAUAAUUUAUAAAGUUGAGCAUAAAUAAGAAAAAUUAUAUAUUUCUAAUCUCAUCCGCUCACUAAGAUACAUACACCCAUUUACCAGCUCGACUAUUUAUCUAUAAGAAAGAAUUGCGAAAAAAUGUGUACUGAAAAAUAUAGAUAAAUAAAUAUGUACC